AUGGCAAACGACCAAGUACCGCGAUCCGCUCCGUUGAAAAGCCCGGCAAGUAUACAGGUGGCGUCACGUGUCGCCGGUGCCUUUUCGUUCACAUUUAUCGUUCGCGCGUUUCAAUAUUCUUGUAGAUUACACUGUAUAUCUUUCUCGCCUCUUCUUUAUCAUUCUCAAACAUUUCAUUUUUCUUUAUUUUCUUCGUUACACUUUUUUCACCAUAUCUAUCUAUCUAUCUAUCUAUCUAUCUAUCUAUCUGUUGUUUCUGUUUUUCUUUUUGUCUGUCUAUCUAUCUAUCUAUCUCUCUCAGACUGUUUCUUUCUUUUUUUCUAUCUAUCUAUCUAUCUAUCUAUCUAUCUAUCUAAGACUGUUUCUAUCUAUAUAUCUGCUUAUCUCAGACUGUUUCUUUCUUUUUCUAUCUAUCUAUCUAUCUAUCUAUCUAUCUAUCUAUCUAUCUAUCUGUUGGUUCUGUUUCUCUUUUUGUCUGUGUGUCUAUCUAUCUAUCUAUCUAUCUAUCUAUCUAUCUAUCUAUCUAUGUAUGCAUGUAUACUCUCCGCUAUCUAUCUAUCUAUCUUGAGUCAGUUAAUCUAUCUAUCUAUCUAUCUAUCUAUCUAUCUAUCUAUCUAUCUAUCUAUCUAUAGUCGUCUCUCUUUUCUAUCAGUCUAUCUAUCUAUCUGUUCUCGGAUCUAUCUAUCUAUCUAUCUAUCUAUCUAUCUAUCUAUCUAUCUAUCAGUUGUCGGUUCUCUGAAUAUCUAUCUAUCUUUUCUGUCAGUCUAUCUAUCUAUCUAUCUAUCUAUCUGUUCUCGGCUCUGUCAGUCUAUCUAUCUGUGUAUCUAUCUAUCUGUAUCCCCUACUCUCUAUCUUUCAUGUAUCACUUCUCUUUUUUCUUAUUUACGCUAUUUUUUUACCUUUUUUCCCUUUCCCUCUCUCGUGGUGUGCUUAUAUUUUGUUUCUUCUCAUCGCCCGUCUCUCUUUUUUUUUUCCGGCGAUAUAAGAACUUUAUGA